AUGGCUUCGGGAGGCGAGCGCAGGGACCCCGCUAAUUUGCGCAUUGAACCCAUUGAAUCUAUUGAACCGCAAUUUGCAUUGAAGAAUGUCAAUUGCUCGCGGGGGGUGCAUGGAGAGGUGCAGAUUUCAACGACUUCUCAAUGCCGUCGCACUGCCGGCGGCAUGGUCGUACUCAAAUGCCGCAAUGCCGAGGUGGGAUGA